AUGGCGGCGGCCAGGCCCGUGCUUCUGGUAUUGUGCCUCGCAGUCGCGGCGGAGGGUACCAGGCUGAGGAUGCGGCAGGAGCCAGACACCGCCUGCGGCAAGGGCUUCGACUCGCUGGUCCCUGGCUCCAAGGACUAUUUCGCCACUGCCUCGGUGGAGCUCUUCAAGCACCCGGGCAAGCUGACGGAUAACGCCACGUUUGCGACAGAGCUCCAGUGCUGGUUUUCGCACAUGGUCACCCAGAGCUGCGGCGGCCUGCCCUCGCAGGCCGCGGAACGGAAGAAGCAGCUCACGCCGGCGUGCCAGGGCGUGGAGGCGGACGGGAUGGUGAUAUGGAAGAUGUUCACACCGGACGAGGUCACAUACUUCAAGAAGGAGUACCCAGCCAAGGACCCCACGGAAGAGGGCGGGCUGGAGGAGAACACGAAGGUGAGCGCAACGCCCGCCGGCGAGAGCCUGAUUUCGUACAAGCAGGCGAUGGAGACCGUCAAGAUAGUGGAUCUGAAGGAUCUGUUGCUCCCUCCCACCUUCCGCCUCCUUUAG